UCCAGCACUUUGUCCUUCAGGAUAUUCCUUCCCACUCUGCAGUUAAGGCCACACUGCUGUGCACAAGUCAUUUUGCAGGAAGCUGGUGAGGAGAGAGGACUGGAGCUCUAGGUCUUGCUGGAUAGCUCACUGGUGCAGGAUAAACUUUCAGCACUGGGGACCAGGGAGGACACUUCUUGCUGGAGGCUCAUCCUUUCAUUGAUCAUUACCUCUUUGCACUACAGAAGCUCAUCAUUGUGGGAUCUAGGGCAGAGAUAUUACUGCUCAAAUAGAGAUGUUAAGCUGUGUUACUGUGGCAAUGCUGUGCUUGCUGUUUGGAUGCCUGAUUCUGACAGGUCAUAGUUCGGGCUCCAAGUUAAAAGCACCUGUAUUAAACAUAAAGGGGAAGGAGUUAGUAAUACGAGCCGGCCAGCCAAUACACCUCACAUGCAGGGGCGAUCAAACAGUUUUAUGGAAACUUCCAGCUGCCUCCAGGACAGAAAGUGAAAGGUUCCAUAUAAGCGAUAAUUUAUGCCAGGGAAGCCCCAAGACGGCUUGCUAUAGAAAUCUCACAUUGCACAAAGCUCAGCUAAAUGACACUGGAUUCUACAGUUGCCAGUACGAAUACUUUACCUCAUCCAGGAACCCAUCUGGUAUCUAUAUAUUUAUUACAGAUGGGCACAGUGCAUUCAUAGACAUGCACAACAGAGAACCUAAAAUAAUCUCCAUAACCAAAGGAGAGAGGCUGGUCAUCCCCUGCCGUGUGACAUCACCAAAUAUCAUGGUCACAUUAAGAGAGAUCCAUGGACGUGUAUUGUCUGUCCCUGGUGACAAGAACAUUGUCUGGGAUAAUAAAAAAGGCUUCAUUAUUCGAAAACCAACACAACCGUUUUUCGGCCUGUUAAUCUGUGAAGCCAAAGUUAAUGGAGUCACACACACUUCAACCUACUUCACCCACAGAGAGUCUACUGAAAUCCGUAAAGUGUGGCUUGACGUGCCAGAUUCCAUCAGGCUGCUGCGUAAUGCCAACCUGGCAAUUAAUUGUACUGUCACUACCGAUCUGAAUUCAAGAGCCGAAAUACAGUGGACAUAUCCUGGAAUGCAAUUUGGCAGGCUGGCCUCCAUAAUCAAGAGGAUAGUUUUAUCAGACUCGGAAGCAGUGGUGUACAGCAUGCUAUUUAUUCACAAAGUAAGGAGCAUCGACCAAGGCUCGUAUAUCUGCACCGCGAAGAACGGUCCAUCAAACAAAACCGUCAAUACAACACUUCGUGUUCACGCUGCUCCUUACAUUAAUGUUAAACCUCGGAAGACAGGUGUAUUAGAAGCUGAAGUGGGCCAGAAAUUUUAUCACAUUGCAGUGAAAGUGAGAGCAUUUCCUCCUCCAGAAAUUACAUGGUGGAAAAAUAAUUUAUUGGCAGCGGACAAAUGUGCACGGUACAUAAUAAACAACAAUGUACUGACUAUUAAAGAUGUGGCUGAAGAGGAUGCUGGAGAAUACAUGGUGUCCCUGAAACUGAAACAGUGGAACCUUAUCAAAAAUUUAACCAUGACCCUCACAGUUAAUGUCAAGCCCCAGAUUUAUGAGAAAUCGAUGUCAAUCCAAGAACCGCAGUCUUAUAUGCUAGGCAGCAGGCAAACCCUGUCAUGUACAGUAUAUGGAGUUCCACCACCCAGAAUAACCUGGACUUGGCAUCCAUGCAAGCGACACUUUGGCUCAAGGUGCGAUUUCCACUCUGACAGUUCAGUUCCUCUAAUUGUUGGGAAAAACAGCAGUAGCAUGGGAAACAAGAUCUACAGUAUCACAGAGCGAACACGUCUGAUCGAGGGGAAGAACAAGACUGCAGGGUUACUUGUGGUGGAUGAUUCUCAGGUCUCUGGCAUGUAUACCUGCACCGCCACCAAUAAAUUAGGAAUGGAAAGAAGAGAUAUACAUUUCUAUGUCACAGAUGUACCCAGUGGAUUCCACAUAAGCAUAGACAGGGUGGCUAAAGAAGGUGAAAACAUGACCUUAACAUGUUCCGUCAACAAGUACCUUUACAAAAACAUUAGUUGGAUUUUACGCAGGAGAGUCGGGAAUCGAACAAUAAACCACAGCAUCAGUAAGCAAAGAAGUGCAAUCGCAACAGAGUAUUCUACCAUUCUAACCGCCGUUAUCCAAAACGCGACACAAGCCGAUUCAGGAACCUACGAGUGUAGGGCGACCAACACCUUCACUGGAGACGUCAUGUCUCAGAGCAAAGACAUUGUCAUCAAGGGAGAACCUUGCAGUAGGAAAAUUCACUUUUCACGGACCUCUAAACAAAGAAGAAAAAAUUGUACUACAGAAAGUAGCGUAACCCAAUAAGAAUGACUCGAGCCAUCGUUCUCAGAGAUAGUGAUUGAAAAUCAAAGGUACUUAUUAUACUUCCUGCAAGGACUGGAGAAAUGGCUGCAGAUGUAUGGAGCAGUGGCUACACGCCAGUGCAGACCGCAUUCUUAUCAUUCUCUACUGUAUCGGAAGCCAUUUAUUUUCCAGAAAUAAACCAGUCCAAAGAUGGAAGAGAUGACAUUCAAAGAUUAUUCUGCAGAUUUGCUCCAGUGUUAACCCAAGCCUAGAAUGAGUACAGUACUGAGAUGGAACAUAGUCUUUCUAUCCAGAUUAGGCCAGAUCUGUAGCACAUAUUGUAAGGGUUAGGGGUUACUUUUACAUUAUUUUGUCUGAAUAUAGACAUCACCUACCAAAAAUAUACAGAGAACUUGCUUUUAAUUCAAAUCUCAGGUUUGAAAAAUUAGGUGAUUUAUAAUGGUUUUAAUCCAUGUGAUGAAAAUAUGGAACAUGAUGAAUAGAGAAUUUAUAUGAAACAUCACAUUUGAAAUUCCAACCACUUGGUUUCCAUAUGAUUUGACAUUCAUUCCUUUUUCCAGGUAGCUAUAAUGCACCUUAACGAUUGAGCUGCUAUAAUACAGUGUUUUAUGCAAUUAUAGCUAUUUUAUUUUAUUAAAUUAUUUAAUGCUUUAAAAUGUAUGGCAGCAUAUAUCAGACACGGAACACCAAGGCAGCAUAGCUUGUAUCAGACCCUACUGCAAUGCGUCUGGUUAGAAAUGUCUGACACAUCUCCAGAAGAUGUGGAUUGAUCGGUUGAUUGAUGACCUUAUCUAUAUUGUAUGGGGCGGUAAAAGGUAUUUUUAUAAAGGGAUUUCAUGAUGGAUUCUUUAUUAACACAUGUAGGAUAUGAUAAUUCGGUAUUAUCAGCACAAUAUCUAUUUGUAUGGCUUUCUAACUUCUACUGGGAAGCACCAGAUAUCUUCUGGGUUGAUCUACAGUUGGUUAACCAUGCUGUUUAGAACCUCAUUGUCAUUGUGACCCUAUAGAGAUAGUGUUAUGGGCACAUGAUCAAUCACUUGGAAGAGCACCAAAUAAGACAACUCUUAAGAUUAUUUAACAGGAGGUCAUAGGUGACCUUUGUGAUUGCCACGUGUAGCUACAGGUCAUCAGAAGUCCACCAACUGUUUUUGUUGCUUGCUUCAUGGUAAUGUUUAGAGUGGACUUUUCUCUAGGAGACUGCUGGUUUUUGGUGUGGUGUUGAGGUGCUAAUGGUGCUUGUCCAAUAACUAUUACAUAUAAGAAACCAUCAAGACCUAGUUCUUUCAUACUGGAAAUAACAUAUAGCCAAUAUGUUGUAGGAAAACCCUACAUCCAGCCUUGGAAGGCAACUACACAUGUGAUUUAUAAUAUGGUAUAUUAACUUAUUCUACUCAUCUCCUAGUUUAGGUCAGAUAAAACACUGAUCAACAAUGAGCACCAAAUAGUAACACCAUAUAUCAUACAUGUAUACUGUAUAUAUCUGUACUGCAUCAUGCCUUCAUAUACAGAAGGAAGUUCUUGAUAAAAACUCUUCUUAAAGUGUCAAGAUGGAUAUGUUGGGUUAGCUAGGGAGGUAACCAAUACAAUUUUUGAAAAUACUUUUAAUAUCCAAUAUUCCACGCAGUGGAAUUUUGUUAUUUUUUUAUUUAAUAACCCUCAGUGGCAAUAGUUAUCUCUGGAUUCAAAUGUUUGUCUAUAAUGUACAUAUAUGCAUUCUGUGCAGCCAUAUCUCAAAAUUAUUGUAUUGUAAAAAGCCAGCAAAUAUUUAAAAAUAACCUAUACUUUUGUAUGUUUUUGGAUGAUUGUACAUAAUUCCUUUAAUAUUUUAAUAUAAAAUUUAAGUAUAUAAGUAAAUAUUUGGAUGGGAAUGCACUGAGAAAUAUACUGAAGAAAAGGUGUGACUUACACUGCUUACUGUUGUAUGAUAGGACAAAAUCAAGGGUUAGCAUUUAGCCUCUUUAUGAGCCUCUGUAUUCUGGUGGCUAUUAAUGCCUGAGACGGUGGCGCCAAGAUAGAACCCCCCUUAACAAAAUAAAAACUUUUAAUUAUGGUAUUCUGAGAUGUAAAAUGCUAAAUUUGUAGCAUAAUUGGUUUAUUUUUCAAUGGGAUUUGUCACUUUAGGUCCAUAUUUUAAGCUAGACUCAGCAAGCUUAUACUGUAUAUCAGAAUGGCUGUAGGCCAUACACUGUGCAUAUGCUAUGUGGGUAUAGGUAAUGGUUUAAAGGGCUUGUCCAGCCUUUAUUAAGCGAUGGCCUAUCCUCAGGUCCGAUACCCCCAUCAAUCAGCUGUUCUGUGUAGCUACAGAGUAACGACAACAUUGGUGAUGGACGCCUGCAGAUGAGCUAGUGAUGGCCUAUCCUAAGGAUAAACCAUCAGUUAAAAAAGGCUGGACAACCCUUUUAAGGGGAGUUUGUCAGCAGGAAAUCCACUGAUAAACCACCAGAGGGUGGGCCCAAGCUACUCUAUGCAUCCUUGUUCCUCCCACCUCCUCACCAGAGCCUCCCUCUUCUUCCUGAUUGCGAGGGCCAGUCAGGGUGACUAUGCAGGAACCUGACCCUGUCGAUCAAGAAGGAGAGGCAGGGGCUGACAAAGGAAGCAGGAGGAGUAAGGGUGCACAGAAUGGCUUGGGACAGCCCUUGGUGCACUUAAGAAAGUACUUAAAUACAUAUAUAAAUGAGCAAUCAUUUACAUAUGGAUUUAAAUUACUUUCUCUCCAGAAUGAAGAGAUGGAUCACUAAGUGAAAGGUAACAUUAUAUUCAGCUGAGCUAGCUCUACAAGGCAUUGUGCAUUUCCUGGUGACAGAUUCCCUUUAAAGGGGUUCAAAUGGUAUUAAAAUGAGCAAAAAGGGCUUUUUUUUCCCUAGAAAUAGCUCCACUCUUGUGCAUGGGAUGUGUCUGGUGUUGCAGCUCAGCUCCUUUAGACUGAAUAGUCUAAUAGACAAGAGUGGUGCUUUUUCUGGAAAAAGUAGACGUAGGAGCCAGUAUCAUUCCCUCACUACUCAGUGUAGCCAGUUAGCAUGCAGCCCUAGUUCUAUCUGUAUUCCUCUCUAUUGUUUUAUUGAUGACAUCACUGUACCGAUAUCACAGCUAUUUUCAAAGUCACAUAUCUCCUUUAAUUGUGCAUAGACAUCCAAGCUGUCUGACCGGUGGGGAGUCUAUAUAUAUCUUGAGCGUAGCUUGUUUUCGGAUUGAUUUCGUUAAGGCACUAAUCCAAAAUAAACAAGUCCUUAAAUAGAAGAUUUGUGGAAAGGGGACAGGAAGAAUGGGAUUGACAGAGAACAGAAACAGUGUAGACACAUAAGAUGGAAUUCUUCAGAAAUCUGCAGACUUGGGGCAUGACUUAAUGUUUUCCCAGUUUAAUAAAAUAAACGACUUUGUCAUCCAGCUCUAACAAAAAAACGUGCAAAAAAACUGCUGAAAAUAUGAACAUGUUGCACGUAUGUAUUGUAAGUGAAAGACCCUGUACUGUAGUUGAUCAGCUCACAGUUUCAUAAAGCUUGUACCACUAACGUUCCAGGUCUGGUGUAUCAAACGAGAGGGGAGACCUCCAGGGUUCAUGGAAUUCUCAGCGUAAUACUAAAAAGUUCAACUUCUGACAUAUCAUAGUGAGUGACAUAUCAGAUGUUUUGAUUGGUGGUGAUCUGGGUGCCUGGACCACCGCCGAUCGUUGAUACAAAGGGGUAGGAGAGCUCAGCUGAGUGCUGUGCCCCUCUGGUUGCCUCUGGAACUCCUUUGAAAAAUAAGGUUAGUGGUGUGCAGACUCACAGACUUUCUAGGAAUGCUUCUAUCCUUCAUUUCAGCAGUCAGUGGGGUCUCAGUGUCCAGAUCACCAGAAACGGAACCUAUGACAUGUCAGACGUUUUCUGAAAUGAGAGCUCCACUUUCCGCCUAGUAAUAUUGUUCUAUAUGGAGGUGAGAUUACAGACAACGUGUUAAACAUCGAGAGAUUAUGUAAUUUUUUGUAGCAUUUUAGGAUGGAAGUACUGUACAUAUUUUACAUAUUGCUGAUCACAUACAAUGUCAGCAUGGUGACUAUAGAGAAAUGGGUGCUAUAGAAUGUUAGAAUUCCUAAUAAAGUAAGAUAAACACAAUAAACAGAACUAUAGCGUGAGUCCACAGAAGGCCGUAGGCAUCUCAAAGAUAACUACCACAGUUAAAGGGCUUGUCAACUUUGGACAAUCCAUUGCUGUUGAAAGGGUCCUUUGAGGAGAAGCUUAACACAGGGCCUGCUACAAUCACCUUUAGGCCUCAUAUACAUGGCCGUUGCCCGGCCGCGGCCCUAUUGCGGCCCGCAAACAGCAGGUCCACAAUAUGAGGGCACCGGCCUCCAAUCCGGAGCUGCGGUGCGGAAUGAUGGCACGGAACCCCACGGAAGCACUACGGAGUGCUACGGAGUGUUUCUGUCCGUGCCUCCGCACCGCAAAAAAAAAAGAACAUGUUCUAUUUUUUUUUGCUGUGCGGACGGAUCACGGACCCAUUCAAGUUGUGGUCCCCAAUGCACAGAACGGCCGCACAACGGCCGUGUGCAUGAGGCCUUAAUCUGUGGGGAAAACAUGGCAGCCAAUGUUUGAUUUCCCUGCAGCACCCCCAGAGGGCAAAUGAAGCAUUACACAGUUCUUAUUUAAAUCAAUGGGAUGUUUACAUGUGUUGGGUCCUCCAGAGAUAGAGAUGCUCUUUGACACUGUUGUUGGCUGUAGCUAACAGAUGAGAAACCUAAAUGGGGGAGUCCUUCCCUUUUAACUCAGAAUUCCCUAAUAGGUCAUUUUGAAUGUGGGCUUUGUAAACCAGACAAAACUAGAAAAUAACAGUCAGUUAUAUUAAUUUUACUAAUUGUAGUAGGUGUAUGUUGAGACAGGAUAACCACUAAAGGUUCCCAUAAAAGCAAAGUCAAAAGAACCCACCAGUUUCAGUGGGACUGCCCAGCUUUCCAGCGAGAGAAGGAUUGGUCAUGUUGAAUUUCGGACCAAAUAUUUGUUUUCAUGGGAGAUAUGCCGCCAAAGGUGUCUGAUUAUAAUAUACUGCCCUCUCCCUAUAGAUAAUGAGCUGUGAAGACAAGCUGUUGACUGAACGAGUGUUCCAUCAAGAGCUAUGAUAGGUGUUUGGCCACCUUAAUGCUAUGGACGGGUGGGAUGAAAUACAUCCAGCACUUUCAUAAAAGUACCACUUUUUAUUGCAAAACCAUUAUAGGCAACAUUCAACAAGUUUUGAACCAAAGACCCUUAGACCUUAGACUUGUUUGAAAUGGAUCAAGGAAACUUUUGGUGGCGUUAAUGGUUUACUAGUAAUAAAUAAUUUGUUUUAUCAAGUCAUACUUUAUCUUGUUUGGUGGUCUUUGAAGACACAAGCCUUGGACAGUUUGAAGGAAUACAAUAUGUGACAUUUUAGGAAUGUGCUUUAAACAUAUAGUGGCUUGAGUUUGUAUUGAUUAUAGCAUCCUUGGAAAGCUUGAUAUUGGUAAUCAGGCCACAAGUUUGAUACACAAGACAGAGCUGAAAAGCACCAUUAGUGGUACAAGAGUUCUGGAUAUAUCGAUGAUUAAUGUGGCCACGAGCUUAAUUUUGAAAAACCAAAGUAUUAAGUUAGCCGUAGUGUUAGGCUGCAUGCACACGAGCGUUGUUUGUUUCCUUGUCCGUUCGGGUUUUUUUGCGGAUAGGAUGCGGAUCUAUUCAUUUCAAUGGGUCCGCAAAAAAUGCGGACAGCACUC